CCAGAGUAUUACGAACGCUCGUAUCGCCGAAUAAAUCGAGAGAGAAAGUAAUCGGCCCCACCUGGUCAGGGAACCUCACGCGCCGAAGUGCGACGUGCGCCCGAACACCAACCAGCCACCGCAAUUCACAAGAAAACGCGCUUCGACACCAACAGCACACUUCAAACAACGACCGCGUGCUGAUAACAACGAAUUUUUGAUUUUUAUUUUAUUUUAUUCCACAAUGUUUUAUUUCUGACGGUUGGGAACAUUUUAAAUAUUAGUGAAUAAUCAGAUUAAAUCAGUGAUUAAAUUAAGGUAAUAAUUUUAAGGGGUGAAAAAUUAUUUAUUUGAAAAUGGCGCGGAUAACAGCGUGGCUGUUCGUGAUAGCAUGCGUGUAUAGACAUGUUGGUGUGUUCGCGAGUGAAGAUAUUGAUAACGCGCCGAGCGAUAAAGCGCAAAGUUUGGCGAAAGCCUUGGAUUUUUAUAAUACGGAACUCCUCGCUCAGAAUUUCCCGAAUAUCAUCAAGGGUUUGACUGGUGGAUGUGUUGAAGAUGUGGAAAAAUACAUUAAAGGAUUGAAGAGUACUGAAAGCUGGGCUUUAAAAAUGGACGAUGCAAGUGGCAGAUAUUCCACUGGUUGGUUCUGGGGCAAUCACUUCUGGACAGGUUCCCAAUCCCUGUGUGAAAACAUCGCGCCCAAAGGCGGCAGUUUCAUUACUGCGAACGAUACAACCGCACGUGUCCAACGCAAUGUCGACGGUAAACCCACCACAACGAAAUUAAACAAUCCCAGUGCGGGAUCAGGCUACACACCCGGAAAACUACUUUAUACUUCAAUUCCGCCAUUCAGCGUGUCCUUCUUUAUGUUGAGGGUUAAUUUAAACUCUAGCUUUACUUCUGAGGAGCGGAUUUUACAUGUUGGGCUGUGUAUGCCUGAAACUUGUAAUGAUGAUGAUGUUAAGUUUAUUCUCGAGGAGACUUCGAAAUUGUCGAAGACGAUUACGCUUAAAGUGGAAGCCGUGAGAUCACCACUGCAUCAUUAUUCAUUGUGGAAUGAUACAACGUUUAAAAUUUUAUGUGCUGUGACUGCAUUUGUAAUAAUGAUGCUAACAGUAGGCACAUCCUACGACCUCUACCUCAAACACAUCGAAGACUCCAAACGUGUGCUCACCAUCAACUGCACCACAUACACCAACCCCAACAAAAUGAACGACAGGAUCCUGGACAUGCAUAUCCAAGACAAAACGAAAAACAAGUGCAAUCUGUACGUUGUUAAUAAUAAUAACGGACCUGAACCAAUGGAGUCUAUGCCAUUGGGAGAAGAACAUCUUUGUUUGUCUAUUUUAAAGGACUUAAUUCUUUCAUUUUCCGUGCGGAUUAACAUGAAACACAUCUGUGACCGUAGUGUUGGCAGCGAUACAAUUUCAGUCAUCCACGGUUUGAAAUCCAUCAGUAUGGCCUGGGUUAUUUUGGGUCAUACAUGUCUAGUUGCAUUCAAAUACUCAGAUAAUAUGGAAUACCGCAAAGUGGUACAGAAAGAGUUCCUCUUUCAGACUGUUACCAAUGGCGCCUUCAGUGUGGACACAUUUUUCUUUACAAGUGGAUUAUUAGUGUCGUUUUUGUACUUUAGGACUAAUGCGAAAGGCAAAUUGGAUACUUUGGGACAGAAAGGAUUGUUAUCCGGAAUCUUUCAUUUCUUUGGUUUAAUUUUCUAUCGUUUUGCGAGAUUGACAGGGCCUUAUCUAUAUGUCCUUGGCGUUGUUGAAGUUACCAUGAAAUGGUUCAAUUACAACUCUAUCUUUGAACCACCAACAAUGGAUCACGAAAAUUGCCCGCAGUACUGGUGGAGAAACAUUUUAUACAUCAACACGUUAUUCCCUGUUGAUCAAAUGUGUAUGUUAUGGAGUUGGUACCUCUCUGACGAUACGCAAUUCUAUGUUGUUGGAGCAAUAAUGCUCAUCUUAGCAACCAGCCAUUUUAAAAGUGCUGCAACCCUAUUAGCAGUCUUCAUGUUCAGUUCCUGGGGCACCACUGCUUACGUCGCUUUCAUCAACAGUCAUCUUCCAUCCACAGAUGAUCCUCUAGCUCUAUUUGAUAAAAUCUACGAUAAACCUUAUACUCGCCUGGGUCCAUAUUUAAUCGGGAUGUGUGCUGGAUGGAUUCUGUUCAAAACCAACUGUCGUAUCAAGAUGUCACGCUGGGUCGUCGCCAUUGGAUGGACAUUAGCAUCUGCGUGUUUGUUGUCUUUGGUUUAUGGAUUAUAUGAAGCUGAUUUAUCACCUGUUGCCGGCGCUGCUUACAGUAGUUUGAGUCAUUCUGCGUGGGCACUUGGUUUGGCAUGGAUUGUAAUUGCUUGCACUACAGGUUAUGGAGGAGUUGCGAAUUCAAUUCUAUCAGCAACAAUUCUCUACCCAUUCAGUAGAGUUACUUACUGCGCUUAUCUCUUACAUCCGAUUGUGAUAAGAAUGAUGGCGAUGAACAUGGACAGCCCUCUGCAUCUUGGCAAAGAAGUAGUGGUAAUUCUGUACCUGGGACAACUUGUCGCUUCCUACGCGUUGGGUUUCAUCGUUUCGGUGUCCUUCGAAGCGCCGGUUGUUUCGAUGCUUCGUAUUCUUUCACGCAUCCAGCCGAAACGUAAAACCAACUUGCAAACCACGUAGAAGUUGAAGCAGAUUCCCCAACGAGGGAAUUUAACACAUUGUGAUGACAAAGAAACUUUGUAACUUUAAGAAACUAGUGUCUAGCGUUAAACGUUUACCCUUUUUACCUUACAUGACUGCGUUUGCUGUAUGUUGUAUGUAUUUAAGUUAUUAUUACUAAUCGUUUAUCCUGUUGUUGCAUCUUCAAAAAAUGUCUUGUAGAUAAGAAAACUAGGCGUUGAUAAGUUGAAUUAAACAUAAGAAAAAUGACAAAAAGCAAAUAAGACAAAAACGAAGCAAAUAAAAGAAUGUUAGACAAAUAUUAGACUUUAAAAUAGCUCAAAAUGUUAUAUAUUUAAGUAUUUCGAUGAUGUAAGAUGUAAAUGUUACGAUAAUUGAAGUAGAUAAUAUUUUUGUACGGAUAUGUUUGCACGAUUAUAAAUAAAUGCCAAAAUUAUGCUGUAA